UCAAGAGAUAUCUCUGAAUCUAUUUUAUAACUAUAGACACCGUCGUCAACGAUUGCGAUUACCGAAUCAUUUCCCAACAUCGCCGUCGCAUCUCCACCACCAUGGAACACCAUCAAUCAGACCUCUCAUCUCCACUAACGAAAACGAAAACGAAAACGAUCGAUGAAUCCAUCCCCACAAAAGACUUCCUGACCCACCUCGAAGCAUACCUCGCCAAACGCGACGGCGUCGACAAGCUCCUGAAGAUCUCUCGUUACGCCACCAAAAUCAUCCUAUCCUCCGACGCCGUACCCCAAACACACCCCUUCCAUCGCCGCCUCAAGAGCUUCGAAUCCAGUGUCGGACUCAGCCGUAAAGCCUUCCGCCUUGGCAAAUUCGUUCAAGACGUCAACUCCUUCCGCUCGGCAAAACUCGACUCCAGGCAAGAUAUUAUACUAGCGAUCAUCGCGUACGGCGGCGAGGGUUUGUAUUAUUUUGUCGAACAAUUUGUUUGGUUAGCGAAAUCAGGGCUGAUUGAUGGCAAACACUCACGGGAUUUGCAAAAAAUUAGUGCGUGGGCCGAAUUUAUCGGAUAUAUUGGGAGUAUUUGUUUGAAAGCUAGGGAUCUAAAGGGGAUCCAGAAGGAUGAAACGUGUUUGGUAUCGAGUAUCCAAAUUGGGGUUACGAGAGGGGAUCCUACAGAAAUCGAAGAGCAAAAGUUGAAGAAAUUGAAGGAAAAGAAGUUGUUGAAGAAGCUAUCGCUGGUGCAAGAUUUGGCGGACGGAUUGAUGGCAGUGGCUGAUAUUCGCGACGGCAAGGGGCGACUUUCAGGGCCGCUACUGUUGGCGUCGGCCGGAAUGUUAUCGGCGAUCAUUAGUACUCACAAGAACUGGUUAUCUUGCUAAGGAUCAAGGUUGAUCGUUUCCAAUUUUACUUUGCGUCAAAGCAUAAACUAAGUUCAGGCUGUAUUCCUUCUCAAUACAUCUUGCUACAUGUGUUACGUUACCUAGUAUUUUGGUCAUUUUAGUUAAUUAGAAGGGUACUCGUACAAUGCAGUGA